AUGAGUACAGGACCUCAAAUCGGCCUUCUAGGCGGCGGCCAACUCGGCCGCAUGCUCUGCGAAGCGGCCUCUCCCCUCGAAGUCGAAAUCGCCAUCCUAGACGCCCAAGACGCCCCAGCAAAGCAAGUCUCCCGCAGCAAGUACCACGUCGACGGCUCUUUCAAAGACGCUGCCAAAAUCAGAGAACUUGCGUCAAACUGCAGUGUUCUCAGUGUUGAGACAGAACAUAUCGAGACGGCUACUCUGGAGGAGUUGAGUAAGGAGGGAAAGGUGGUUGUUUAUCCUUCUUGGAAGACGCUGCGUCUUAUCCAGGAUAAGUAUGAGCAAAAGGAUUAUCUUGGUAAACAGGGUAUCCCUAUCGCUGAGCAGACUGCUGUUCAAGCUUCCAGCAACGAUGAGAUGCGCGCUGCGCUGAAGGAUAUUGCGAACAAGUAUGGAUUGCCUUUCAUGCUCAAGUCUCGAAAGGAUUCAUAUGACGGACGGGGAAACAUCAAGAUCGCCAACGAAAACGACAUCGAGACCGCCGUGAACGAAUUCGGCAACCUUCAAUGCUACGCUGAGAAGUACGUUCCCUUCCAGCGCGAACUCUCCGUCAUUGUCAUCCGCACAGAAGACGCCGAUGGUACGACGAAGCGCCUUGUGCCGUACCCUUGUGUUGAGACUGUCCAUGAGGAUAAUGUCUGUUCCCGCGUGUACAUGCCUCCUCGUGAUACACCUGAAGAGGUUUCCAAGCGUGCGCAGGAUGUUGCCGUGUCAGUCGUUGAGAAACUUUGGGGACGUGGUGUUUUCGCUGUGGAGAUGUUUGUGACUGAGAAGAAUGAGAUUCUUGUCAAUGAGAUUGCCCCUAGACCUCAUAACUCUGGUCAUCUCACCAUCGAAGCCGUUCCCUACAUGUCUCAGUACAAAGCCCAACUCACAUCCAUCCUCGACGAGCCCCUCCCUGAACGUCUCGACCCCCACGUCUCAUCCAGCAUCAUGAUCAACAUCCUCGGCGGCGCCUCACCAGAAUCCCACCAUCCCCUCGUCAAGAAGGCCAAGGCCAUGUUCGCUCCCAAGAUCGGUGUCUACCCUCAUCUCUACGGCAAGCAGUCCAAGCCUGGCCGUAAGAUCGGUCACAUCACUCUCACUGGUCUGGACUGCAGUAUCAAGGAACUCGAGGACAUUGCGCAACCUCUUGUUCAAUUGGCAGCUGAUAUGCGCCAAGAGCGAAUCAACGCCAAGAGCAAGGCUAUGCGACCUGAGCAGGCCGUUGCCAAAUCUGCUCCUGCACCUUUGGUACUUGUUACUAUGGGCUCUGACUCUGAUCUUCCUGUUCUCAAGCCUGGUCUUGAUAUCUUGACUCAGUUUGGUGUUCCUUGGGAAGUCGAUAUCACUUCUGCGCACCGAACACCCGUCAAGAUGGGUGAUGUCGCUACGGCUGCUGCCGAGCGCGGUAUCAAGGCCAUCAUUGCCGCUGCAGGAGGAGCUGCUCACCUGCCGGGCAUGGUCUCAGCCUACACACCCCUCCCGGUCAUCGGCGUCCCCGUCAAGGCGACUCACCUCGACGGCAUGGACUCUCUUCUCAGCAUUGUUCAAAUGCCUCGCGGCGUCCCUACUGCCACCGUGGGAAUCAACAACUCCACCAACGCAGCCCUUCUCGCUAUUCGAAUUCUUGGCGCCUUCAUGCCUGAGUAUCUGGAGAAGAUGAAGGCUUACCAAACGGAUAUUGGGGAGCAGGUUAAUGGUAAGGCUACCCGUUUGAGGGAGUCGGAUGUGGAAUCUUAUCUUGCCUCUAUGAAGAAGGGUUAG